GAUCUGAUUAGAGCAGCGCAGUGUGCGUGAUGCGGUAGCUACUCGCUGCCGCUGCUGCAUGAGGAAGGACCGAACCUCUACCAGCACCACCUUUCAGUUUCGCCUUCAAAUUACACCGACCGGCUCCGUCACACACAGAACACCGACUGAAUUAUCACCCUAAGGCGUCAUUUAUUACGACACCCGAGGGACUGGCCGCGUCUAAAUUAAAGAAGCGCCGUUUUAAUCGAGUAUAAGUCUGGUUUUGUGUGUUUUUGACAGCAGUAACAACACAACAAUGGCUCUGAAAAGAAUCCACAAGCAGCGUGCACUGCAGAUGUUUCAGGAAGGGGAUCUGGACAGGAGCUGCAUGAUUUGGGCCGUGACCCACCUGCUCAGUGUUCAGCGGGCCCAGUAGGGGAUGACAUGUUUCACUGGCAGGCCACAAUAAUGGGACCAAAUGACAGUCCUUACCAGGGUGGAGUGUUCUUCUUGACCAUACACUUUCCCACAGAUUAUCCCUUCAAACCGCCAAAGGUUGCAUUUACCACAAGAAUCUAUCACCCAAAUAUAAACAGCAAUGGCAGCAUCUGUCUGGAUAUUCUGAGGUCACAGUGGUCACCGGCACUCACUAUCUCCAAAGUUCUCCUGUCCAUCUGCUCCCUGCUGUGUGACCCCAAUCCGGACGACCCCUUAGUACCCGAGAUCGCCCGCAUUUACAAGACUGACAGGGAAAAGUACAACAGAAUAGCUCGGGAAUGGACACAAAAGUAUGCAAUGUAGUUUUGGAGUUAGAAUCAUGAUGGGAGAAAAUUACACCUCUCCAUCUUAAGGUUAGGGGAGAUUUUGAACGUUCAAAAGAUUAAAAAAAGAAAAAAGCUUAAGAAAAAAAAACAGAUCUUGUUGGUUUCCAUUGGAGUGCUUUCUUUAAGCCACGCCUCCCCUCACCAGAGCACCUCCCCCCACUCUUAGCCCUCUGGCAGCCAUGGUGUACAUACUGAAAUUUCAACUGUAGCCCCUUUUCCUCCCCAAAUUCAAACCUCCACUCCACAGCUCCUGCUUUACCUUCAUCGUUGCUAUAGCAACGUACCCGCUGCUUAGGAUCAGUCCGUAUCAAUUUUGCUGUAGAAGAUGUUUAUGGCUCUAAAAGCAUUCCUUGUUGUUUUUGAGAACUGGGAAGGGAGGGCUAUAUUGUUAUUUUUGUUUUCUCCCUGCAAUUUGUGAUAGUCUGGACAUAGAGGGAUGUGUUUUUUACAGUUUACUUUUUCAUUUCCAUUUCCUGGGCUUCCAACUGUUCAUUGGAUCAGGAAGAUUUUUCCUUUCUUUUUUGAUUUCUUUACUGCAGUGAAGGGAGGGGUAUGUUGGCUGUCUUUUGUAUAAAAUCUAUCUAAGGAAUUCUUUUAAAAUCAUAGCAGUUAAAGGAAAAUGGACCUCCUGUCUUCUCCUCUGGAGUAUUGUAAUGGACUUGAGUGUGUGUGUGUGUGUAUAUAUAUAUAUAUAUAUAUAUAUAUAUAUAUAUAUAUAUAUAUAUAUAUAUAUAUAUAUAUAUAUAUAUAUAUAUAUAUAUAUAUAAUAUAAUUUUCCAUUUGCCAUUGCAAAGACUGUCUCUACCCCUUUCUUUAACCAUGACCAACUUCACAAACAUUCACCAUCAUGGAGGGUUUUGGACCAGUUAUUUAAAGAAGUCUAUAAAAUGUUUUUUUUUUUUUUUUGCCCCCCCCCCCCCCCCCCCCCCUUCUCUCCCAACCCACCCUUGUAACUCUUAAGUUGGGGGAAAAAAAAUUGUUUUUUCCCCCCUUUUUCCUGCUCUUGUUGAAUUAGAUGCUAACAUGGUUCAGCCAGACUUGAUUGGGUCCCUGGGUGGGAGGACACAAACUCCUCACAGACAAACUUCUGUAUAUUUAAUUUCCUGACAGGCUCGUUGAGCUUUGUGUGUUGAUUAAAACUGUGUAAUAAAAUGAUUACUAAAGUCUGAAA